CCUGGAAUCGUGUCUCCAUUUAAACGGGUCUUUCUGAAGGGGGAGAAAGGGCGCGACAAGAAGGCCCAGGAGAAGGUGACGGAGCGGAGGCCGCUGCAUACGGUGUCGCCGUCGCCUGCUGAGCACCGCGUGGACCCAGACGUGCUGCUGAACGAUUAUAUCGAGAAAGAGGUCAAGUAUUUGGGGCAGUUGACCUCCAUCCCUGGAUACCUCAACCCCUCCAGCCGGACAGAAAUCCUACAGCUUUUAGACAAUGCAAAGAGACUGCAUCACCUCCCCGCACAGCUGACCCAGGAGCACGACGCUCUCAUCAGCCUGUCCGCCUACAACGUCAAGGUGGUAUGGAGGGACAGAGAGGACAUCAUUCUCAGGGUUCCCAUUCACGACAUUGCGGCCGUCUCCUACAUCCGAGACGACUGCCUGCACUUGGUGCUUCUCAAAACCGCGCCGGAUCCCGGAAUCUCUCCCAGUCAGAGUCUGUCUGCAGAGAGUGCCAAAGUCCCUGACGUCCAGUCAUUGUCGGAGUGCGGGAGCUGCCCCGUGGAGUCAUGCUGCCUGGUUAUCCUGGCCACGGAGAACAAGGCCGCUGCAGAGGAGCUCUGUACUCUCUUGGGACAGGUCUUCCAGAUUGUCUACACCGAAUCCACCAUGGACUUCUUGGACCGGGCAAUAUUCGAUGGUGCAUCUACACCCACCCGUCAUCUGUCAUUACACAGCGACGAUUCUUCCAGCAAAGUAGAGGCGAAGGAAUCCUACGAGCUGGAGGCCGGAGCUUUCUCCUUCCAGGAGUCUCCUGACGCCGAUGGAAAUUCUCCUCCUCAUAACAAGACGGCCAGCGAGAGCGAACUCAGCACUUCAGCAGCAGAGCUGCUCCACGAUUACAUGAUGACUCUGAGGACCAAGCUGUCUUCGGAAGAGAUCCGACAGUUUGCGAUGCUUCUCCACGAGUACCGGAACGGAGCCUCCAUUCUCACGAGUUCUGCAUUAAUCUCCGACAACUGUACGGGGACAGCCGGAAAUUUCUGCUUCUGGGUCUCCGCCCAUUUAUACCUGAGAAGGACAGUCAGCAUUUCGAGAAUUUCCUAGAAACCAUCGGCGUGAAGGACGGGCGCGGGCAUAAUCACAGACAGCUUCGGUAGGUACAGACGGACUAUGAGCACCGCUUCAAACUCCACCACCAACGGCAACGGUGCGACGGAAGGCUCAGACGACCAGUCCGUGCCCUCGGAAGGAGACGAGUGGGACCGCAUGAUUUCAGACAUCAGUAAUGACAUAGAGGCUCUGGGAUGUAGCAUGGACCAAGAUCCGCCCCAAGGAUCUACAACUUCCUGA